UCCGCGCUGGGGCAAGCCGCUUGACCCAGGCCUGGCGUAGGAUGUCCCGGGUCCAGGAUCACUGGCCUCCGCGCGCUAGCGAUGCCAUAAACAUGCCUACCCUCUUGCCUAUCCCAGUGGUGGUCACUACGCCCGCGGACCCCGUUGAGUUCGCGGAAUCGCCUGCUACGCCCGCAGAGUCCGUUGUGACUGUAGAACCCGUUGUGAUCGUAGAACCCGCUGCCCCCGCGGCACCCGCUGCCCCCGCGGCACCCGCUGCCCCAGCGGAACCCACUGCGCCCGCGGAACCCGCUGCCCCAGCGGAACCCGCUGCGCCCGCGGAACCCGCUGCCCCAGCGGAACCCGCUGCGCCCGCGGAACCCGCUGCGCCCGCGGAACCCGCUGCGCCCGCGGAACCCGCUGCGCCCGCGGAACCCGCUGCGCCCACAGAGUCCUCCGAGCCUGCCGAGCCCGGGGCGUCCGCUGAGCCCGGGGCGUCCGCUGUGCCUGCGCAACCCGCAGAGAUUAGGGAGUCCGCUGUGGACAUUGAAUCCGGGGAGCCCGAGGCACCCGAGAAUGCUCCUCAGCCUGGAGAUGUUGAAGUUCGGGACAGUGAGGAACCCCAAGAUGACUCCGUUUCCACCAUCAGCUGCGGUAUCUGCUGUUACCACCGCUUACAACUUCGACUCCAUCGCAGGGGAGGAUUCGUCCGCGCGGCACUGCAUUGGGAUGCGCGCGGUGGUUUUUUCCCCUUUGGCAGCUCCUUCUUCGCAGCUAUGAAGCGGCAGAACGUGCGUACCCUCUCCCUGAUUGCCUGUACCUUCACCUACCUGCUGGUGGGUGCCGCGGUGUUCGAUGCCCUCGAGUCUGACCAUGAGAUGCGCGAGGAAGAGAAACUUAAAGCUGAAGAGGUCCGCAUCAGAGGCAAGUACAACAUCAGCUCCGAUGACUACCAGCAGCUGGAGCUGGUGAUCCUGCAGUCUGAGCCCCAUCGCGCUGGUGUCCAGUGGAAAUUUGCCGGUUCCUUCUACUUUGCCAUCACCGUCAUCACAACUAUAGGCUAUGGACACGCUGCACCUGGCACAGAUGCUGGCAAGGCCUUCUGUAUGUUCUAUGCUGUGCUGGGCAUCCCUCUGACGCUGGUCAUGUUUCAGAGCUUGGGUGAGCGCAUGAACACCUUCGUGCGCUGCCUGCUGAAGCGUUUCAAGAAGUGUUGCGGCAUGCGCAACACUGAAGUUUCCAUGGAAAACAUGGUGACCGUCGGCUUCUUCUCCUGUAUGGGCACCCUGUGCCUUGGAGCGGCUGCCUUCUCCCGGUGUGAGGACUGGAGCUUCUUUCACGCCUACUACUACUGCUUCAUCACACUGACUACUAUAGGAUUCGGCGACUUCGUGGCCCUGCAGUCCAAAGGUGCUCUGCAGAGGAAGCCAUUCUACGUGGCCUUCAGCUUCAUGUAUAUCCUGGUGGGCUUGACCGUCAUCGGUGCCUUUCUCAAUCUCGUGGUCCUGCGAUUCCUGACCAUGAACACCGACGAGGAGCUGCUGGAGGGAGAAGUUGCGCGAAUACUUGCUGGAAACCAGAGCGGCGUGGUCAUCCGUGUGCCAGGCGGCCCCCGUGCUUGGCAGGCUCGGUCCUUCCUGAAGAGAUACGGCAGGACCCUGUGCUAUCUCUGCUUCCCGCGUGGUGCUGGCGCCCAGGAUGAAGAUGAUGAUGUCCCUGAAGACGUUGCUGUCGUUGCUGCUGCUUCUGCUGUGGGACACAGACACGUCCGGGCUACUGUCCACUCCGUUUCCUGCAGGGUUCAAGAGAUCUCCGCAAGCGAACUGAAGCACAGCUGUUUCCGUACCCCGUUUGGCCCCAUCGUUCACGGGAUGCACACCUGCGGGGAGAACCACAGGCUGGCCCUCCGUCGCAAGUCCAUCUAAGUAUGGGAGGGAAGUAAACAGAAGAGUCAUUUGUCAUGCCGAUGUAAGUUCCAUUGGUCCAGCUCCUCUUUCCCUCCUUAUUUAUUUGUUAUUACUCUUUUUUGUGAUUACGCUCAUCAUCAUUAUUCUUUUCUUCCUCCUUUCCUCCUUUCAUUUCUUUCCCACCUUUCCAGCUAGGCAGAGCUGUCCAAAGGGAAAACAAAGGCCCAAUCCUCUCUGAAACUCGCACCUGAGCAUGAAGCAUGGAUUCCUUGCUUUCUCCCCAGCAGAGCUAUGCCUUACAUUUCUCCCUACCCUGCCUCCUCUCUCUGGGAUGGCUUUCCUAGGACAGGUAUGAGAACAAGAGCACCAAGACAGAGCUGAGAGGAUGCCCAACCCGAAGCCUUUGACUGCCUACCUGUAGUGAUGUCUCUGACCUAACUCCUCUCUUCUUCCCCAAGGACUGGGUGGCUGUAUGCACGAGUGUGCAAAAUGAGUAUGUGUGCUUCUGUGUGCAGGUGUGUUGUGGGACAAGGUGGAAAGUAUCAGGUGUUCACUUCCCUUCUCACUCAUACAAUUUCAUUAAUGGUCUCCUUGAGGCUGCUUCCAAACAAACUAAACCCUGCGAGGCUGAUCACCUUGCCAAAUUGAGCACACCCCAUAAAAGCACUUUUGACCCAAGAUGUGUCAUAUUGCCAUAUUUCAAAUGGCUAGUUUCUGAAUAUCAUUCACCACAGGGAUCAGGUUAGCUUUCCAGUUUAAAAUUAAAUCUUAAGAAGCACGUAUGUAUCAUUUGACAUAAGAAAGCAAAGGUUGCAAAGGGAUAGUCAGAAGUCACCAGUGUCAACUUACUCAAGACAUUUUUAAGUUCAGCAUUUCCAGUUCCAACAGUUUUUCCUGCAGCUGGAGUUGUCAGGGUAAACAGGAAAAUUGUUGGGACCCAAGAGUACCUAUUUUAUUAUUUCCCUCUUCCUAACGAUGAUGACUAUGACGAUGAUGACUCUGAAGCCUCUAACUGCAUGGAUAAGAGUACUAGUUUUGGAAUGCUUGGAUGAGAAUGGGUAUCAGAAUGACAAUGUGGUUUCUUUUCCUAAUAACAAAGUGACAGGGCAUUCCUUGUUUAAAUAUAUAUAUAUAUAUAUAUAUUUAGAGAGAGAGAUAUAUUUUAGGGAAGAUUCUCUAAAUGCAUUUGCUCUAUAAAUAGGGAGAAGUUCACGUUGGUCUCAGGAAGAGUUUAGAGGCUGUAUGUUGGCCUACUGGGAAGUUGUCAAUCUCAGGGGAUGCUUUUGUCUAGGUAGUGGAGAAAUUCUUCCCCACUCUCAAUAAAGGGUAACCCCUUAGGGGACAGUUUAGGCUAGACUAUAUGGCACAUUGUAUGUAGGCCCUUUCAAUCGCAGGGGUCUGAGGGCAGCUCAGCUCCACAUUCACUGAGGGACUCUUAAUUUCUCUCAUUGCCAUCCCUGUCAUCUCUAAAAGUCACCCACUCACUCAUCCUUCCACUCCUUCGUACACUGGAAGUUCCUGGCUUUUGGAUGGAAAUGGUCUUUGGCUACACUACGCAUGCACAAGGAACGCACUUACUGGUUUUGAAGAUUUCUUAAAGGACACAUCAUCCAAAUGCCACCAGUCCCAAGCAUGUGUGCCAUUGGGCUGAAACCAGGAGCAUCCAGGACUCCUCUGGAAAGUCAAUGCAUGCACUUAAUGCUACGCCCCUGUUGAAAUAUCCCCCUUCGUCUAGGACAUGGGACCUACAAAAGGAGUCUGUGAACCUUAGACUCUCUUGACCAAAGUUGACAUAUACAAACUUCAAGGUCUUUAUCAGUUGACUUGUUUGAGAUUUUGUUGUAUGGAAUGCCCUGCACAGGGUUCUGAAGUCUGUCCAGAGAAUAGAAGCAAUCACUCUUCUUGAAUGUGUGUGCUCUGCAAAGAGAUUGUUGGCUCUUUUGGGUCACAGGCGUGACAAUCCUGAUGCUUACAUGCAGAGCACUUUAUGCCUCGGAGGAGGCUUCCUGGAACACAUGUAGGAAUGCCCCUGAAGACUGUUGUAAGAUUUGCCCUCAAAUGGGGGGUAUGUGUGAUCACCUCUCAUUUGUAUAUGGCACUGAGAAAACUAAGGGUCCACUCUCAGUCCCUACUCAGAAGGGCCCAGAAAGUAGACUCCGUGACUCCUGACUCAGCCUUCCAGUGGAGGAGGGACCCUGCUCUGUGUCUCCACAGGGCCAGUUGUUAGGCCAAGGAGUCAAGUCACAGGGACAUAGGCUCAGCCUAUCUUCAGAGCUGGCUUCCCACUCAUGUAUCUGUGCAAAGUGGUCACACAGUGACCAUUGUGUUGGAAAGAUUUAAUGGCAGGAAGAUCCCUCUUCCAAGAGAAGUAUAGACAACACUUCCUUCAUUCUCACUUAGCUGACUCACCCUACUUUCUGCAAGGUAAAGAUCUGUAGAGUGAAUUCGUUCUUGUAGCCCUCCUGUGUCUUCGGCUGUUCAUUGCCAGUUCAGCUUUGGAAGAAAGGGCACCAAGGUGUCUCUUCCAAGCCCAACAUCAGAGGAUGGAGGGAGGGAAUGAGUCUUGGCUUAUCAUCCUGUGAGCACCUCUCAAAUGACCCAUUUGUCCCUUAGCAGGGAACCUGGUGAGAUUGUUCUCUGGGCUCAUCCAGUGAUGUGCUCCCUUGGGGUGAGGGCAGGGAUAAGUCAUGUCCUGAAAGACUUUCCUCUUUGCAAGAUGGGAGUGGGCCACUCCCAUGAAGAACCAACCAGUAGAGGCUGAGAGCCUCCAGGCAGGGGGAUCACCACUGACUCCCUCAUUUUCAGAAGAGGAGACUGAGGUUCAGGAAGGUCAACAUAUCUGAGGGCAUGUGUCAAGAAUAUAGGUCUUCACACUUCGUUUUGCUGUUGUCCUAGCUGCUUUCUUGCUGUUCUACACAACAUUCCAAAGAUACCCUACUUCUGGACUGUAUUAUGUCUCUGGCCAAGGCCUUUCUCCCCCUGUCAUGUUCUUGACAACUUCUUUCAGCCAAGUGAUUGUUGUAACCUUCCCUGCAGUUAGCCAAACCCCUUCAACCGCAAGGGAGACGACCUCAUGCCAGGUUGUUUGCAUAAGGGACUCAGCUUCAGGAACUGGAGCCUGGCUUGUUGUCCAGUUCCUGGGAGUCGAUUUGCCUUGUAUAUACUUAAGAUAUCUGAUUCACUUGAACUCUUCACUAAGUGAUCUCCAUCUUUACUUCAUUAAGGACAGGAAGAAGUAGACAAUGCUAUGGAGUAACCCAGAGCUCUGGGCUUGAUGAUUUCUAGUGUUUAUCCCAUUUUGACCCUUAAAGGUAUUCAACCCAGGAAGAAGGUGCUGUCUCACCCAUUAGCCUAUUAGACUUUGAACAUCAGAGGGAAUCACCCUCUCUGCAUUUUGAGAUUCUCUGUGAGGCUCCCAGUUCUGUGCUUUCUGAUUGUCCCGCUCAGUCUGGAGGCCAAGGCAGCAGUUUCUAAGACCAGCAAUCCUAUGAUCAACCUACCAUUCUCCUGGGAAGGCUGUGAGAGCCACGGUAGGUGAUUUAUUGACAGGAGUGCCAGCACUCAGCAUGGCCAUAGUAGAUGUUUUCUGUAUGCCUGAUGGAGAAGACAUCUGGAGGGUAUGUAGAUAAGCUGAGACAGUCAUUGUUUUAAUCGGUUUCAUCCUGAUGUGAAAUCUGUAUGGACCUUGAGUCCCAGUACCACCCAUUCCAGCUGGAAUCUAGAGGGAUAAGGGCUCCUUGGAAAUCUUUUUGUCUGUGUGCUCUGAGAGAAAGAAAGAGAUCAGAAAAUAAUCACUCAUCAUGGGCUCUCCAGCCUCAUAUCCACAUAUUCUUUCUAAAAUACUGAGCCCUAUAUUGAGAGUAUCCACAGAGGUAUGAGAUCUGAGAUAUAUUGUAGAAUGUGUCCAUUCUAACAGCUCCAAGCUUGCUGUUAAUUAUGACUUAGUUUUGAAAGUGGUUAUGACUUUCACACACAUCUGAGAUGCAGUUUCCUCCAGAGUCAAGGUCUUUUCAGGACCCGGAAGGCAUCCUGGGUGAAGAAAGAGUAGUAGGACAGGGAAUGGUUUUUCUGUCUUGCUUCACUGGCUUCUUGGAAGUCAUUUCGUUCCUUGAGCCUCUGUGGCUUUCUCUUUGACAUGAAGAUACAGUGAGGGUAGCACAAAUGAGCUUUACCCAUAAGGACUUUCGGUUUGGAUGAUCUGGUCACAUUUGAAGACUGAGCCAUCAAAAACCCAGCCAAACUUAUGGUGGGAGUUGGAGUUCUGGGAAGGCAAAGAGACACAAGUGCAGGCAUAGAGCACUGGUCAUUGUGUAGAACAUGGUAUAACACAUCGUGGGUUCCCUACAGUACUGGGCUUACAUUGACUCUCUGUGGUCCCAUCUUGACCACAUGUUGGUAGAGGUUGCUGCUUCAGGAAAACAAAAGUCUAUGAUCAGGAUUCCACUGACACCAAUUCUGAAAAAAAUUCAAGGGUGACAGAAAAGUUGAUAGAACAACACCAUGGGUUUUCUUAUACCUUUCACCCAGAACCCCAGCCUCAGUACCCCUUCAACACUGAGAUGGUUGGAAGAGAAGGUGUCGUGAUGUCUACAGCUUUUAGAUAGUUCAGCCAAAGAUGACAUUGUAUAUUUCCCAUGAAAAGUGCAUUCUCUUACGUAAUAGUGCCAUUGUCACACCUAAGAAACUUAGUAUAAGAACAUCUAAUAUAAUAAUAUAAUCUGUAUAAAGAAUUCCCCAAGUGUCCCCAAAGUGUCCUACUGAGCUUGUUUGUGAAUCUAAGACACCAUCCAAGAUCACACCCCACACCUGCUUGUCUUGUUGUUUCCUAGUCCCCCAAUUGAGGGCAUCUCCCUCACUGUGUUUGUGUCUCUUGACAAUUGAUAUUUUGAGGACUCCAGGCCUGUAGUCUUGUAGAAUGCCCGUGAUCUGCUGUCGUCUGCUUGUUCCCUCGGGUUAAGGAACUGCUGACAAGAAAAUGAUGUAGUUGAUGUUGUGUAGCCCUGAUUUAUGCAUUUGAUGUUCGUCUCUCUGGGGACCUCUGUGGCUACUGCUUUUGUUGUGAAUAAAUAAGUUAUAAUAAA